CGGUCGCGGUUCCGGUUCCGGUCCCGGUCCGGUGGCGGCGGCGCGCGCGGCGGUGUCCGCCCGCCAUGCGAUGUCCGCGCUCAACUGGAAACCCUUCGUGUAUGGCGGGCUCGCCUCCAUCGUGGCCGAGUUCGGCACGUUCCCCGUGGACCUCACCAAGACGCGGCUGCAGGUGCAGGGGCAGAGCACCGACGCGCGGUUCCGCGAGGUGCGGUACCGGGGCAUGUUCCACGCGCUCUUCCGCAUCUGCCGCGAGGAGGGUGGACGGGCCCUGUACUCGGGGAUCGCCCCGGCACUGCUGAGACAAGCGUCCUACGGCACCAUCAAGAUCGGGAUCUACCAGAGCCUGAAGCGGCUCUUCGUCGAUCGCAUGGAAGAUGAAACGCUGCUCAUCAAUGUGAUCUGUGGGGUGGUCUCGGGGGUCAUCUCCUCUGCGCUGGCCAAUCCCACAGACGUGCUGAAGAUCCGAAUGCAGGCUCAGGGCAGCUUGUUCCAGGGCGGGAUGAUUGGCAGCUUCAUUGACAUCUACCAGCAGGAAGGUACCCGUGGCCUCUGGAGGGGUGUUGUUCCCACGGCCCAGCGAGCGGCCAUCGUGGUGGGGGUGGAGCUGCCAGUCUACGACAUCACCAAGAAGCAUCUGAUCCUGUCAGGCCUCAUGGGGGACACCAUCUUUGCCCACUUCAUUUCCAGCUUCACGUGCGGGCUGGCGGGGGCCAUCGCCUCCAACCCCGUGGACGUGGUGCGGACGCGGAUGAUGAACCAGCGCGCCAUCGUGGGCAGCACUGAGCUCUACAAGGGCACUCUGGAUGGCCUCGUCAAGACAUGGAAGAGCGAGGGCUUCUUUGCACUCUACAAAGGCUUCUGGCCCAACUGGCUUCGUCUAGGUCCCUGGAACAUCAUCUUUUUUAUCACAUACGAGCAGUUGAAGCGCCUCCCCUUCUGAGAGCUGCCUUCAUCUCCCCAGAAUCAUCCUCGGGGCUGGCAGCAGAGCUGUGCUGCCGCCUCCCUCUUCAUCGCACUGUCCCCAUGUUGUGCUGUUUGGUCCCUGUGGGCUGGGCUCUCUCCCCACAUGCAUGGUCCCUGGAGCAGGAGCUGCCUGGCACAGGCAGGAGCCACACGUUUCCCACCCGGAGGUGUCUGCGUGCCUGAGCCUGCAGGAAUAUCUUCUGUGAAGAUCUGUGCAUUCCAGUGGCCUUUGGGGCACUGUGGCUCGUGGCUGGCAGGUCUGGGUCUCCUCCCGUGCCCGUGGGGCAAGGCUGGGGCCUGUGAAGGUGCCAUUGUCAUCAUGUUUCUUGCAGAACUUGUAACUUCAUUAAAUUAUUUAUUGACUGGA